GCCACUACCGUCUCUUUCUUUUCCUCCUCCUCGCUCUCUCCAAAAAACCCAACCACCUCACCGCGUUCCCCCGGAGCCUCGAGGCAGGCGGCGGCAGCGGCAUGGCGGCCGUCUCGGCCGCGGCGGGAUGGACCGCUGAGGACGACGUCCUCCUCAAGAACGCCGUCGAGGUUGGUGCCUCUUUGGAGUCCUUGGCUAAAGGAGCUAUGUGCUUUUCCCGUAAAUUCACCCUUCAAGAAUUGCAGGAUCGUUGGUAUUCAUUGCUAUAUGAAUUGGAGACCUCAUUACAAGCAUCUGCCCGCAUGGCCAAGUAUGAGGCGGAGCUUUCAACCUCCAAUCCUGCUAAAGCAAAUAAGCUUUUCAACUCAAAGGCAAAAGUGUUUUCCCUGUGCAAGCGGAAAAUAGAUAGUGUAAAGAAUCAGUAUUAUGCAAUGAGAAAGAGAGUUUGCCAUGAACCAUGUUUAUCUGCUGAUUUUGGUUAUGUUAUUGCACCCUGCUCAUGUAGUCCUAUUGAUGGUGGUGAUUGUGCAUGUGGAGGCUUACUUAAACGUUUGGAAGGCCGUCUUUUGGUUCACAAAGUUGAUCCAUCAGGAGCUGUUGUAAAUGGCUAUGGAUGUAUAGGUGGAAGCUGUUCCGAGGAACAACAUGUACAUUCCAAUGGUAAUGGACAAUACUCAUUCCAUACGGAGCAUGCUAGCCCUGAUGGCAGCAUCGUAAUAGAUGGAAACAGCAACCAUGAAAGCCUACAUGACUACUCAGAUGAAGACCAGUUAUAUGGAUAUGACUACAUGCAGAAGAAUCUUCAGAUCAGGGAAAGGAAUAUAGUCUCUACAGAUAAUAGGUCAGAUCUUAGCGAUCAGUACGACAAUGGAGCUACAGGAUCAAAAUCUCUACCGAGCAUUGCUCAAGAUGACGUGAAGCUUGGCCAAUUUUCCGGUGACAGCACAGGAGGGUUGCUUGAACCAGGCUCAUUCAAAGCAAUUAGUCAAAAGUGGUGUUCUCAGGCACCUAGCAUUCCUACUUGGAGUAAGGUUCAGGGUGUUAAUUCAUCUGAUAUACUGACAGAUAUGAGUAGAACUGAGCGAAAAACUCUUAUGCUUUCUGAUGACAAGAAAAUGGAAACAAAUAACAGUGAUGCACUUGCCUUUCAGUCAAAUUUAGAUGGUGUUAUAUCUGAUUCUGGUUUACGCAAUGAAAUGGUGCCAGAAGGUGGAUUCAUGCAUCCCAAUCUAAAGGGUUUCAGUCAGAAAGAAGACCUUGAGCUCGUCAGCAGUGAACAUUUUUCGGAUUCUGCACUGGACACAAAUCAGGAAGAUUUAGGUGGCUCUCAAGCUAAAGUUUUUCUGAAGGGAAGCUCCAGAGGGCCCCACCUGUCCCCCUCUGACGCAACCAACUGUGAUAACCGCAUAGAUCCUAUCCAAAAGAAACAUAAUGUGGCAGAUGUUUCUGGAAUAAACACUAUACUUGCCUUAUCAGAAGUGCUUUAUCCUGUACAUGAUGUCGAGUGCAUGUUGAACACAGAAGAUUCUGAAAUUCCUCUCAAUGAUCAUAUCCUUAUACCUGGCGAGUCCUCUUUAGAACCCAUGUGUACUUUUGACCAGGAUUCUCAGCAUGAUACGUAUUUGGUUCCCACCACACUGAUAAAUAUGGAAAAUGUCCAACCUUUACCACCACCACCACCAAUAACGCUGGAACCAGCCAUCCUAGAGAAAAAGGAAAAUAUUGUGUCUCUUAAUGAAGGUUGUAUUGUAGGAAGUGAACCUGGCCUGCAUGGUGACUUUUGUGGUAACAAUGCAAACAUGCAUACGUUAGCUCUGCAUUCUAUCGAUGUUGGUGAAGAAACAACUUGUGGUUUCGUUCAACAUGAGUGUUGUGAUAAUUUGCAGAAUUUGACGUUGGACAAGUCAAUUCAAGUGCCCGAUCAAAUGCAUUGCAAGUUUCUUGCUGGUAAGGUCCAAAUAGGCUGUGAAACUGCUAUCCAGAACUGGGCGUUGUCUCAUGCCUUGCCAGAUACGGAAUUUCAUAAUCCCAUUGAAACCAUUUCAAUUUCGGGCCAAGCAGAAGGGUCUGACAGUGAGAACAGUGUUCCAAACUAUUUUGACCUUGAAGCAUUGAUACUUGAUCAGGACUUAAUUCCAUGGGAUCAAGAAUCUGACUUCAUCCAACCUGAAGUUUCAAGGUUUCAGUAUCCUGAAAGCAGGAAGGAUUUGAUAAGACUAGAGAAAGGUGCUUGCUCUUAUAUGAACAGAUCUAUCAUGUCUAAGGGUGCUUUCGCAGUUCUUUAUGGCCAACAUUUGAAGUACUACAUAAGGGAUCCUGAGGUAACCCUUGGGAGAGAAACAGGAGAGGUACAUGUUAAUAUUGAUUUGGGAAAAGAAGGGAAGGCCAAUAAAAUAUCCCGUCGACAGGCAGUUAUCAAGAUGGACGAUAGUGGAUCUUUCUACAUAAAAAAUACUGGGAAGUGUUCAAUUUUUGUGAAUAGCAAAGAAGUACCAUGUAACAAACGUAUCAACUUAAUCUCAGACUCAUUACUUGAGAUAAGGAACAUGAAAUUCAUUUUUCACGUGAACCAUGACGCUGUAAAGAAGCACAUAGCUCGCAUCAGGAAAGGAAGCUCCCAAGGCGAGAACACAGCAUUUGUUUGGAAUCAGAACCCAUGAAUCAAGUUUAUGAGCAAGCUCAUUUGUGACUAUGAUCGCUAAUUUAUCUCUUCCUGAUAGAACCUUGUCAUCCAGUUAACUUGCCUCCACCCGUUAUAUGUAAUUCGUUGUAUAUUCUUGGUUCUUC